GGCCAGCGGUGGCGUGGUUACAGGUGGCUAGGGAGGGCCUAGGUCGGCCGCCACCGUUGCAGGUGCGCAACUUGCGCUGGCGACAGCCAGAAGGACCAGAUUGCAAAUACAAAAAUGAGCACAAGCUCAAGAUUUACACAGUGAGAUUCACCACUGAAAGAGCCACCAGGAACUCUUAUCUGAUGUUUAUGAAGGAUCUGUACAAUGCAUUGACAGAGCGUGCAGAUAGAAGCGGAGACAUGCCGAUAUUGCCUCCCCGAUCUGCACAGCCUACUGAUCCUCGGCAAUAUGUUCUGGUAGAGCUCUCAAAUGGUUACCAAACUGUCACAUUAGCCUUGCAUGUCAGUAAUGUGUAUAUCUUGGGUUAUCGUGCAAGUGCGGGCUCCUAUUUCUUUAGCGAUGUCCCAGACGAUGUACGUAAUGCUUUGUUCCCAGGCAGUACUGGCCUACCCUUUACAGGCAGAUAUGGGGCACUUGAGGGUGCUGCGGGAGUAGAUGACAGAAGGGAAAUCCCUCUGGGAAUGGAUGAACUACGCCAACAUAUUGAUAACCUGAAUUACAUCAACCCUAAUAAUAACCAUGCCCCUAUCGCAAGAGCCCUCAUAGUUUGCAUCCAGAUGGUUUCCGAAGCUGCGCGAAUGAGAAACAUCCAGCAACAAAUACUUGCAGUUGCAGAGCCUCACGCGGAUGGAACUUAUGGAACGUUUAAUCCAGAUGGCUUAAUGAUGGAGUACGAAACCAGCUGGGAGGACAUUUCCUCGGCCAUUCAAUCUGCAACAGAUGGAAUCUUCGCAAGGGCAGUUCGUUUAGUAUAUGAUGCUCAAGAAUUGGUUUUAAGCACCCUGAGGCAAGUUAUUUUCAUCAUUGCAUUAAUGCCAAUGGAAUGUAACCCAAGAGCUAAUUUGCAGCUUUUGCGCAUGCCAACCUCAACUUCUUCUUUGAGAUCCAGUGGCUUGGUAGAUAACAGUGACACUUGUGAAAGAGUGUUAGCACCAACCUCACAUAUUACUGGACAAAAUGGUUUCUGCGUUGAUGUAUACCAGGGGAGCUACCACGAUGGAAACAAAGUAAUCUUAUGGGAAUGUGGACAGAACCAAGCCAAUCAAUUGUGGACAUUGACAUCAAAUGAUAACACAAUUCGAUCUGGCGGAAAAUGCUUAACCACUUAUGGAUACAGCUUCAAAAAUUAUGUGAUGAUCUAUGAUUGUGAGACGGCUGUUCCUGAUGCCACCAAAUGGGAAAUCCGCAGUGAUGAAACCAUAAGAAAUCCCAGAUCUGGGCUAGUUUUGACGGGAAGUAGAGAUAGUUCAGGUAUGAUUAAUUUGGUUGUGGAUCAUAAGUAUGAUGGUUCUAGGCAAACUUUCUAUGCCAGCAACAAUACAAAGCCAGCAGUGACCACCAUUGUCGGUUACAAAGACAUGUGCUUGCUAGCAAGUGGAAGUCGGGUGUGGCUGGAAGACUGCGUGAGCAACGAUGCUGAACAACAAUGGGCGAUAUAUCCAGAUGGGACCAUCAGGCCUCAAAAGAAUAGAAACGGGUGCCUCAAGUAUGCAAAUGAUUAUAGUGGGUUGGUCAACGUGGCUACGUGUGAUGGAUUUGUUGAGGAACGAUGGGUAUUUCGAAGCGAUGGAACCAUUUUGCAUAAGAUGACUGAGAUGGUAAUGGAUGUGCUUGAUCCUACUGCAACCCUUCUUGAGGUCUCGGCCAAUCAUUACAACAAUCAACAAUUUAGCCAGAUUUGGUUUCAGGUGCAACCAUGAAAACAAAAAAGAGCAUAUGCUGGUCUCUUUCCAUGUAUUGAAUGAAUAAAUGCUGGGAUGAUCAUGUACCCAACACCGUUUGCUAAUAGACACUUUUUAUCUUCUUCAAAUAA